AUGUGUGAUUACAGCAACAAGAUGGUGUGUGAAGACAACAGUCGCAAGGAACAUGCCAUCCUUAAUUCAGACGAGUGUGCCCCUCUUGGCAGUGUGCCCCUGUUGUGGCAGCUGGUCUGCAUUGGCAUGCUGGAAGGACAAGAUGAAGCUGAUUACAUUUUGGGCCUCAAGAUUGAGGAUUUCUUGGAGUGGCACCUGCAGACGCAGGUCUUCAAGCUGGGCUUGGCCAAGUCCAUCCACCCUGCUCGUGUGCUCAUCUGCCAGCGCCACAUCAGGUAUAGGGUACAGAUGGUGAACAUCCCCUCCUUCAUUGUCUGCCUAGACUUGCAGAAGCACAUAGACUUUUCUCUCUGCUCCCCAUACAGGAGGGUGGGUGGACACCUGGGCUGUGUGAAGAGGAAGAACACCAAAAAGGGCCAGAAAGGGGCUUGCAUUGGCGAUGACAAGGAGGAAAUUAAGCCCCUGUCCCUCACUGCCUCCUGA